AUGGCCGUUGAUGUCCAGGAAGAGGAGUCCCUAGCUGACAGAAUAAACGCUAACAGACAUAGCAGCUAUCAAAAGCUAUUGAGAGUAACUGCUAGGAUUCUUCGGAUAUAUGAGAAGAAAAGGUUGAGCAGCGUGGCAGACGAGAUCACUGCAGAGGAUUUGAAAAGGGCAGAAAUAUUCUGGGUGAAGGAAUCCCAGAAAACAAUGGUUAAACUGCUAAAAGAAGACAGGGCUCAAUUUGAUAAGAGAUAUGCUCGAUUGGGCCCCAGGAUCCGUGAAGAUGGUGUGAUUGUCGUUGGGACUAGAAUAAAGAGUCAUGUUCACUUUAGCUAUAACAAGGAAGAAGUGCCUCUGUUACCGUAUGAUCAUAACUUCACAAAGCUAUAUGCCAAGAGCAUACAUGACAGAGCUCACUUGGGUGUUCAGUCAACGGUAGCCAAGAUCCGCCUUUACUACUGGAUCAUUAAUGUUCGGAGAAUGGUAAAGACCAUAAAGUAUCAUUGUGUGGACUGCAGGAAGUUUGAAAAGAACACGUCAGCACAGCAGAUGGCGCCUUUGCUAGAUAAUCGACUAAAACCAUCACCGGCUUGGACAUACGUAGGUGUGGAUUUGUUUGGACCCUUCACGACAAGGGGAGAAAUCAAUAAACGGGCAAGAGGAAAGUCGUAUGGCGUAGUGUUUGACUGUCUCGUGACGAGGGCUGUUUACAUAGAUAUAGCUACCAGCUACAGUGCAGAUGCAUUUCUGCUUGUUUUCAGAAAGUUUGUGUCUCUAAGGGGAUAUCCCGAAGAGGUAUAUAGUGACGGAGGGACACAAUUAAGCGCUGCAGCAAAGCAGUUAAAGGAAUUCGGUGGGAGACAUGGCAUUAAGUGGAAGUUUUCGACACCCGAUGCUCCGUGGCAGAAUGGAGUGGCGGAAAGUUUGGUGAAGGGCAUUAAGAAGGGCAUUAAGAAGGCCAUCAAUCAUGCCAUUGGGGAACAAAUACUUACCUUUAGUGAACUGCAAGCAGUUAUGUUUGAGGCGGCAAACCUGGCCAACGAGAGAACGAGAGGCCGAUUGGCAAACAUCCGACACACCCACAGGAUGGGUCAUAUAUGUGUCCGAAUGAUUUGUUACUAG